AUGUACCAACCCAAUGCGUCGGUGGUUGCCGGCUGUAUCGACGCAUCCCAGUCCUGCCAAUGCGGGCAGAACGCGCAGAUGUGCAUGUGGACAGACAGCAAGGGGCAGGAGCGGGCGGAGUGCCGGCCUUCGGCCGUGGAGUGUCCGAUGACCUGCAGCGGCAAGCUUUGCAAUUUGGCGGACUACAGACUCAACGGCGCGGUCAAGGGCUCUCGCGAGCUCUGCCUGGUACACGACGGUGAGUGCCCCUGCGGCGAGAACGCCAUUCAGUGCAAAGCCGGGCAGGAGACAUACUGCCUUCCACGGUGGAAUGCCGAGUCACAGAGGCUGUCCGAAUGUCCCCUGGAGUGCGGGGAAGAGGAGCAAAGGUGCUGCGUGCCAAGCUUCGGCGCGACCGGCGAAUUUCUCAGGACCGAGGAGAUCUGUGUGGCUCAGGUGCCGAAGGGGCAGCCGUGCGGCUGUGGAGCUGGAGCCUUCGACUGUAACUACACCGACGGUACCAGCGGGUCCGAGUGCUUGCCGCUGGUUGGAGGAUUCUGCCCAAGCUCUUCCUGUGCAGCCGGGGCGUGCCCCGCGGUGGUCGACUACCUGCCCAAUGGCGAUGCAUACGGUCUGUCGCCACCGCCCCGAGCUUGUGCCACAGGCGAGGGCUGCCACUGUGGCCGCGAGGCCAAGUGGUGCGAUGCUCUCGGGUGUAUCUUCAAGGACCAGCCCUGUCCACCGUCUUGUACGAGCUCGCAAAAGCUUUGCACACUGGCAGACUACACGAGCAGCGGUACCAUUGCAGGCUACCGCGAUGUGUGCAUCGACCGUGACCAACGAUGCCCCUGUGGGCAAAACACUCGGCAAUGCCCGGGCUCUGACCUCUGUGUUCUCAGGUCGCUGGUCAACCAAGUUUGUCCUUGCGCUGCCUGGCAGAAGGCGUGCGAGGUUAGCGACUACAGCCUCGAAGGUGUGCCGGAGUCCGCAAACAUCCUGUGCACAAGCCCGGAUGCAAUGUGCCCCUGCGGGCAAAACUCGUUGCGCUGUCAGGAUCCGAAGGAUGCCAACCGGACGGUUUGCACUCCAAAGUUUAGCGGACUGGUUGCGAACCAGUGCCCGUCGCCGUGUUCCUUGGAGGAGGAGCUCCGGGGCAACCGGACCUGCGUUCAGAUCCACCUUCUUCCGACAUUCUCGUUCAGGACGAUCAGCUGCAGGGCUCCGGCUGAGUGCUUGCCCGGUGAGCGCACGAAGCUCUGCCCCUCUGGUGCCUUUGUCCCGGUGUGGCAGUCCUGCCAGGGCCCGGGCGGAACGCAGCAGACUGCACGGAGGCUCCAGACGGCAGCGGUGGUUGUCGAGAAAGAGUCUUGGGUGAUCGUCACCUUCCGCACGCUACACACUUCUGCCGCGAACUCGCUGGCAGAGGCCUCUCUGCUACUCCAGUUCGCUGUCCAGAUCCCCAGCUGGAUGGAGACGAGCAUCACCUUGAUCGACAAAGUGCUCACGUUCAAAAUCUCGGGUGAAGGAUCCCUGAAUGCUGAUCAAGGGACGGCGGAUCCAAGCGACUUCGCGCUGAGGCUGAGAGUGGCAGUCUUGCAGAACGGCACUGAUGCCCAAGCUGCGCUGAGGGGUGUGGGUGAUGUAGACGCACAGGCCGGGGUCAGCAUCGUCACCCAGCAGACAGCCCUUGCCCUCCCUGAGGACGUCUCGACGACGAGGGCUGCCGAGGGAGGUGCUGAUGAGUCCUUGAUCCUUGCGCUUGGAAUCAUCAUUGGCAUGGCUGGUGCAAUGGCGGGCUGCGUCAUCUGUGCAUGCUGCGCUCGGCGGCGUCAUGGGCUGUCACUGUCGUCCGUGAUGCCAUUCGAGGCAGAUCCCAGCAACAACGCGAGCAUCGAGGACAAGGAGUUCUUCUUCAUCACUCCGGUGAAGGAUCGUGUCAGGAAGACCUCCAGCGUGGACAGCUACAGUCUCUCUGACCCGGCGUCCCUUAUCAAGUAUUUCCUGGAUGCCGACGUCCGCCCCGUGCGAUUGGCUUACCUGGUGGAGCUGCAGAAAGCAAAAAAGCCUUGGCCGCGGCGGCAGGAUCCCUGGGGCUACCAGCUGGCGGAGGCCGUGAGCCGCUUCCGCGAGAAAGAGGGCGAUCGCUCCAAGGUCUGGCUGUUCAUCGACUACGUGUCGCUUUAUCAAUACAAGCGCGAUGCCGUCCAGCAGAUAAAUUUCAAGCGAGCGCUGGAGGCCAUGCAUAUCCUCUACGCCCACGAGGUGGAGCGGAUGCGCCCCAAGAUCAGCGUCUACAAGGAGAGCCAUCAAGGUGUGGUGGAGGUGCCCAUUUCGGAGCUCAAUGCAAACAACGUGCCCUACAGCGAGCGCGGCUGGUGCCAGGCAGAGAAGGAGCAAAAUCUCUUUGCAAGUUUACUUCAAGGCCGUUUAUCGGGCUUUAUAAGAGGGUGUAGAGGGUUCAGGAAUACCACAAGAAGGGUGUUUGCAGCUCUUUGUGAGGCUUUUGGAGGGCGUAGGUUCAGGGGUACCGCAAUAAGCUUUUGUAGGGUUGUUUAA